UUAUCUCUUCUGUGCAGAGACAGGUUUUCUCUGCCUCUGUGGUUAUACUUGAUGUUGAUCUUAGUUACCUUUCUCGAAGAACGCUAAUGCGCCUGCGCGUCCGCCGUGAUUCGAUACGAGAUUCAAAAACAGUUGCCAUAAAAUAGUUAGCUUUGGUCGGACAUUUGCAAUUUCUAGAAUUUUCCGAUGCUUUCUUAUGAUUUUCGACGAUUUCGAAUGAAUUUUCAACAUAAUAGAGAAAAUAAGUAAUUCCACUGGAACAAAAUCAACUACAGCAACUUAAGAUGGAAAACAACAAAUUCCAGGUUAUCGGCAAAGCAAGACUUUCCGCUGAAAAUUAUUUCAGGAGACGGGGAAGAAAAAAAAAUCAAGAUGAUGACGAUCAGAAGGGAAGGAACCCAAGCAAUGGACAAUUCAGCUGCAUGAUAGCGAGAGAAAAGAAGCAAUUCCACUUGGACAAAAUUAUCUGGAAGAAAAUUUUCAGCUCCUCCAAUGGUAACGGAUAUCGAGACGACAAGAUUUUUUUACUAGGUUUUAGGUUAGAAAGGGAACAGGACGGAGCAGCCAGAGUUAUCAAGUUGGAAAUCUGAACAUUUCAAGCAGCCAAUCCUGAUGUAAAGAGAAAAGGACUGGAGUUAGCAACGGCAUUGAGAAAAAUUUAUUCUAAAUAUUGGAAACAUUAAUCGGGCUGGUCUACUUUGAAGCACUGCUAUCUAGUGGACUAUUCUAGAAGGCAAAAGAUUCAAUAUUCAGAUAUAAUUACUCAUGAUGACUAAUUGGUCAGUGAUGUCAUUCUUGCGAUGAGGAACAUCCCAAUAAUCUUGUAGGAAGAACCUGAAAGGAAUAAAAACUGAGGCGUGCUGGUGUGUGUUGAUGAAUCAGGAUUAAAAAAAAAUGAUUGAAAAGAGUGCUUUUGAUAUCCGGAAUCCCAGCAGCUGGUAUUGAAAUAAUUGAAAACAGGACCUUAAUCUCAAAAAUUAAAAUGAAAUAUGAUUUGUUAUGUUUGUUACUCUGAUUAUAGAUAUAAAUUUAUUGUAAUACAAUGUAAAUAGAGUUCAAAUAAAGUUAUUAUU